AUGCAACUUUGGGGUAAACUCAUCCAGUCUUAUGGUGAGGCUUAUUAUGUUGCUCUUGAUACCACAUCCAAAACUGGCCGAUACGACCGCUCCUUUGCCCUGAGGACAGCUUUUCCCAGUUCUAGUAACCUCAGGCAGUUCAAAAAUCGAAUUAGCAAAAUUUAUUUGGGAUCCUCAUAG